GCUCCGGCCAUGUCGCACUUCCUCCGCCCCGCCGCCGUCGCCGCCGCAGCGGCCGGGAGCCUCUUCUCGGCCGUCUCGUGUAGCCCCUCCUCGCCCCUCCCGCUCUCGGCCUCUCCCUCCUCUUCUCCGACGACGCCCGUCGGCCCCGCCGAGGCCACCGGCCACCUCGCCCUCGUCCGCGCGCACCCGGGCCUCCGCGAGCUCAACGCGAUGCUUACACCAGCCUCCUUCCUCGUCGACGCCACCCAGGCGCUCCUCGCGGGUGCCCUGCGCUGCGCGCCCUUCUACCCCGGGACGCUCCGCCAGGGCCGCGACUUCCUCAACGCGCAGAUCCUGUCCGCGGAGUCGGAGUGCCACGGCGACGCCGCGGCGGGGCAGGUGGUGCCGGCCCGGAUCCAAGUGGCCCUCCUCGACGCGCGCGACGGCCGCCUCGAGGACGCGCUCGACGCCAUGGCGCGCCUCGCCGCGGAGCACUCCGGCAACACCACCGCGCGCCUCUACGCCGCCGCGCUCUGCCACGUGCUAGGCCGGCACCAGGACGGGGCCCGGUGGCUCCGCGACGCCGCCGUGCCCGACCUCUCCCGCUUCGAGCACAAGAUGCCGUUCGUGGAGGCCGUCCUUGUCUCCACGCUCGGCUCCGCGCCGCGCGCCGUGGCGGGCUCGAAGGAGCUGGCCCUGGUCAGCACGCUAGGCCUGGUGGAGAUGUCGAUGUGGUCCAUUUUUAAGCACGGCGAUCUGUCGGAGAGGCUCGAGGUGUUGGCGUUGAUCGCAUUCUUGCGGGGCAUCGUGGCGAGGAAGUUACGCAGAGAUGAUGGGUCAGCACCACUGGAGGGAUCUCAGGGCGCCACCCCAACGUAG